GGGCGGAGUCAGGGCGGUGCGCAGUCUUUAAACAGAUGCGAAGCGGAGCCGAGCGGAGGAGACACCGGGACCAGCCGAGCCGAGCCGAGCCCAGCCGAGCCCAGCCGAGCCUAACUGAGCCCAACCGAACCAUGACGGAGCCCAGCGACUCGUACGAUGUGAUAGUGGUCGGCGGAGGGAUAUCAGGGUUAAGUGCAGCCAAGCUGUUGAAAUCUCAAGGACUGAACCCUGUGGUGCUGGAGGCCAGGAAUCGAGUCGGGGGUCGAACCUUCACUGUGCAGAAUAAGGAGACAAAGUGGGUGGAUCUGGGCGGGGCUUACAUUGGACCGACUCAGAACCGCAUCCUCCGAUUGGCCAGAGAAUACAACGUGAAGACCUACAAAGUCAACGAGCAGGAGAAGCUGGUGCAUUAUGUCAAAGUGAGUGUCUCGGGAUGUGGUGUUUUCUUGCUGUUGUGCAGAGACGUGUUCCUUCGGUCAGGCCGUCCUCCGUCAGUCACUUGAAUGCAGCACACUUUAAAAUGACUUGUAAACCAAACACGAGUCUCACGCAGCUGAGACGGGGACUCGUCCAGCAGC